AUGUACUCGGCGCAAACGUCAAAUGGUAAUGUCGGCCUGGGCUCUUCGGGCACCAUCAACCCUGCGGCGUUGAGCUCUUCAGGUACGAAUUUGCCCCUGCGGUCGCAACUCAGAUGCAUCGCGUACUUCCGUCUCGUUCGAGUCGCCGAUGACGUUGCUGCUCGCGAUCGAGCUCUCUCGAAUAAUACCGCGACAAUAACGCCAGACACCAGCCCGAACCCGCGGGGCAUGAAGCGGUCGCGCUCCCCGGAUACAUACGAUGCGGCCGACCAGUUUAUUGGGGAUGGAGGUGACUCAAAGUCGCGAAAGCGUGGACGACCGAUGAAAUCAAAAACCCCAGGCGUACCGGAAAGCCCAUCACAAACCUCAAUGCCGUUGCCACAUAUCCUUCCUCCACAGACCCCCCAGUCGCAGACGGUGACCCUCCCCUCCCAGAUGACCAAUAUCACCCCGACGCAGUCAUCGCCUCCCAAGGGCACACCCAGCAGAACCGUCAUCAAAGCAUUGCCUACCGUGCGAGACCAUACCACGGACCAGUUAGGGCCCGAGGGCGAUGAAUACAUCCCACGGGAAUAUGACGAAGCUGGAGAGAAGAAAGUCACAGCUACGGGCGUCUUGGCGGAAGGACGCGAUUACAGAUGCCGGACGUUCUUUGUGCCCAACCGAGGGGAUAAAUUGUUCAUGCUAGCUACGGAAUGUGCGAGGGUCCUGGGAUAUCGAGAUUCGUACUUGCUUUUCAACAAGAAUAGGUCGUUGUAUAAGAUUAUUGCCACCCAGGCCGAGAAAGAGGACCUGAUCCACCAAGAGAUCUUGCCAUUUUCAUACCGUUCGCGCCAGAUUGCCAUAGUCACUGCCAGAUCCAUGUUCCGUCAGUUUGGCAGCAGGGUUAUCGUCAAUGGACGGCGCGUCCGGGACGAUUACUGGGAGAGCAAAGCCAAGAAGCAAGGAUUCACAGAGGAGGAUCUGGCUGGAGAGAAGAGACCAGGCGCUGCCAAAGCCCGGGACGCCGCCGCCGCCGAGGCCAACGCAAGCGCGUCGUCCUUGACGCCAGGCCACGGUGACAUCGUUUACAGCAACAACCCGGGCCACUUUGGGGUUCAUCCUCAACCCCAAGCGGUCCAGCCGGGACUGAUGGGGCUCCCCGGAAGUGCGACGACAUUACCCAUGAUCACCCUGGCGCCCGAGCUACCUGACAUGCGCUUUAAAGACUACAGCAACAUCCAACGGCCCCGGCAGGAAAUUACUGGACCGCCGUACCUGGACCGCACACAGACCAGCCCUCCGCAGGAACUCGCGUCACAAGCUCACCAGGCCGCCGAGUACAACAAGACGGUCAAUCAGCAACGGGCCCGGAGCAAUGAAUAUCUUGAACAACGUUGGAGGCAGCCGCAUGAGGCUCGGCCUUCACAUAUGGCCGCCCCUCAGUCAACCGGGACCAACGAGGGUCUUGUAUCGACCCAAGCUUUGCAAUCUCCCCGCAUUGUACAUAGCGGUCCUCAGCAAUCGGCCAUAUCUCAGCAAACCCCGCAUCAUAUGAUGUCUCAAGCCUUCUCGCAACCUUCGCAUGUAUCAAACCCCGUAGCUCAAACGCCCAUGAGAGGGCCGUCUCAAGGCUCGAUGAGGCCCGAUCAGAUGGGAAGAUCACCUGGUCUCGCACUCGGCCCAGGCUCUCUUGGGGGGCAAGGGAAUACGUACGGGUUUGCGCAACCAAACCAGAUGUGGCCACCAUCUCAACCUCAGCAGUCACCCCAGCACUUCUCCGGCUACGCUUCCCAGCAGUCACCGCAUCUCCAACAAGCUUCACACCAGCCAUCGCCACUACGCCAGCCUGGAAGCAACCCUCAGAUGCAACCAGCUUUGCAGUAUCCAGGAAUGCAAGGGAUGGGUCAAGGCUAUCCUGCCCCAAGCCGAGGUCUGUACCAGCCUGACCAAGGCGCUCAACAAUUUAUGCAACCAAACACGUCUGGUCCUCCCAGUGGCCAAGGAUGGGCUGGACAGCCGCCGCCAGGAUCUGGGGGCAGCUGGGGCUAUCAGUAG